GCUGCCGCACAUACGUCACUGUCGCAAAGAAGGAAGGCGACUUUCUUUACAUGUUUUGUGGGAAAACCCGUCUAAUGAAAGGAAGCGUUUGUUUUGGUGGGGGGGUUUGCCAUCCGAAUCCUACCGGCUGUCCGUCUGAAAUAGGGAAUGAACGACGAGACAGCUUCGGACAGCUGGAAGACAAACUCCGGGUGCUCCAGUAUUGAGCAAAUGCUGGCUCUGAACCCCGGAAAGACGCCAAUUAGUCUGCUACAAGAGUAUGGAACGCGGAUAGGGAAGACCCCGGUGUAUGACCUGCUCAAGGCCGAGGGACAGGCCCACCAGCCCAACUUCACGUUCCGCGUCUCCGUGGGAGAGAUCAGCUGCACGGGGCAGGGCCCCAGCAAGAAGGCGGCCAAGCACAAAGCGGCCGAGGCGGCGCUGAAGAUGCUCAAGGGGGGCCUGGCGGGUCCCUUGGGUUUCAGCGUUGAAGGGGACUUGUUUAUCGGGGUCGAUGUGCCUGCGGAUGGAGACAGCUCUCCGUGUGAGAUGAAGACUUUGGGCACUUCACAGCAGUCAGAGUGUAAUCCCGUUGGAGCUCUGCAAGAGCUGGUGGUGCAGAAGGGGUGGCGUCUGCCAGAGUACACAGUGACGCAGGAGUCUGGUCCGGCGCAUCGCAAGGAAUUCACCAUGACCUGCAGAGUGGAGAGAUUUAUGGAAAUUGGAAGUGGUACGUCCAAGAAGCUGGCCAAGAGAAACGCGGCCGCCAAAAUGCUAGCGCGGAUACACGAUGUACCGGUGGACCUGAGGACCAACACCGACGCCGACCCCGAAGACGACACGUUCAACGUGCAAACGGGGGGCAGGGCAGAGUCGUCCAAGACCAAAGGCAACAGCUGCACGUGGGACGCGCUGAGGAACUCCGCCGGCGAGAAGAUCCUGCAGCUGCGCAGUCACCCGCUGGGCAUGCCCGCGGACUCCAAUUUCUGCUCGCUGCUCCACGACCUGUCGUCUGAGCAAUGCUUUGAUGUCAGCUACCUGGAUCUAGAGAAGCGCAGCCUGAGCGGUCGGUGCCAGUGUCUGGUGGAGCUGUCCACGCAGCCGAUCACGGUGUGCCACGGCUUCGCCACGACCGUGGAGGCCGCCCGUGCCAACGCCGCCCACAACGCGCUGCAGUACCUCAAAAUCAUGGCCGGGGCGAAGUGACUCCUGGAAGACAACAACUCCAAAUACCUCCCAAUGUUAGAAAAGACCACUUCGGAAAAUUAAGGACACGCCCACAAAUCCACCCAGUAGCGAGCCGACAUUCUGAUAUGCUGUGAUUAAGUCUCACACACACACACACGCAUAUAUAUAUAUAUAUAUAUAUAUAUAUAUAUAUAUAUACAAAAGACACUGCUCUAAAAAUAUUUUAAAGAAUUCCCCUUUAAAAAAAAAAAAAAACGAAAAAAAACUUGAAAAACUGAAGUUUUUGUCUUUGUCACGUUAAUGAUUUAAGACUUUGAAUUCUCAUAAAAAUCAACAUAUGGGUUCGCUUGCCAUGUUAUGGAAAUUACAAUCCUUUAUAAAUGACAAUUGAUACAAUAUGGAAUAUUACUAUGUAUUCUAUAUUAUAUUUUCACUUCUAGCAUUUUGUGCACCGCGGCACUUGGCGUAUGAAUUAAGCAGUGUACGGGCCCUGUUGGAGUCUUGAAUUGAGUAUUGCUCUUUAAAAAUAUAUAUAUUGAAAUAAAAUAAUGUCCGUACCCAUUUUUUAAAGACCUUUUGAAAAACUGACACAAAUCAGGUUUGUUGUGAAGCUGACUGAAUUCAAUUGCACUUGGAAUUAUUAUGCAACUUGUUACAAUAAAUUGGACAACUUUAUGCAUAUUA